AUGGGCCGGCCCUGGGCGCUGCUGUGGUGCCUGGGCUGCCUGGGCGGCAUCCCGGGCUCCUCCGGCGAGCACUACCGCUACCUGUGGAGGAGCUGCUACCCCUGCUACCUGGGGCGAGCGGGGUACCCCGACCUGCGGCCAGAUGUUGACGAGUGCCAGGUGCACAAUGGGGGCUGCCAACACCGGUGUGUGAACACCCUGGGCUCCUUCUACUGCGAGUGCCAGCCCGGCUUCCGCCUGCACACGGACGGCAGGACCUGCCUCGCUCUGAACUCGUGUGCCCUGAACAACGGUGGCUGCGAGCACGACUGUGUGCAGGUGACCCUGGCCCAGCACCGCUGCCAGUGCAGGCACAACCACCAGCUGCACGAGGAUGGCAAACGCUGCGUCCUGAGGAACCCGUGCUCUGACAGGAACGGGGGCUGCAUGCACCGCUGCCACAGCCACCGCGGCCGCGCCCGCUGCGAGUGCCACCCCGGCUACCAGCUGGCCCCUGAUGGCAAGGCCUGCGAAGAUGUGAACGAGUGCCUGAUGGGGCUGGCCAUGUGUGCACACCAGUGCCUCAACACCCGGGGCUCCUUCAAGUGCACCUGUAACCCGGGCUACGAGCUGGGGGCGGAUGGCAAGCGCUGCUACCGGAUAGAGAUGGAGAUUGUGAACAGCUGUGAAACCAACAACGGGGGCUGUUCCCACAUGUGCCACCACACCAGCUCUGGCCCAGUCUGCACCUGUAACUUUGGCUUUAGGCUGGAAGAGGACCAGAAGUCGUGCACUGAUAUCAAUGAGUGUGACACCGGUUCUCACUGUUGUCAGCAAGACUGCUACAAUUACCCUGGGGGCUACGAGUGCUCCUGCCAUGCCGGCUACAGGCUCAGCACCGACGGCUGUGGCUGUGAUGAUGUGGAUGAGUGCUCUGCAAACAACGGUGGGUGUGAACACACGUGCCAGAACCUGCCAGGGUCGUUCCAGUGUGGCUGUGACAUUGGGCACAAGCUGGAUGAAGACAGAAGGAGCUGCAUCUCCAUCGAGGACACGGUGGAGGCCCUGGAUGGCCGGCGCCCCGUCAUCCGCCCCAUCCCUCACGUGGCCAUCCUGCGGGACGAGUUCACCCAGCUCUUCAACGACGACUACGAGGAAGAGGAGGAAGAGCUGGAGGCACGAGGGGAGCACACGCUGUCAGAGAAAUUCGUCUGCCUGGAGCACACGUUUGGCCCCGACUGCAGCCUGACCUGUGACGACUGCCAGAACGGAGCCACCUGCAGCGCCGAGGGCAGCGGCUGCCUCUGCCCCGCCGGCUGGACCGGCGUGCUCUGCAACCAGACUUGCCCGGCCGGCACCUUCGGCAGCAACUGCAGCCAGAGCUGCCGGUGCCAGAACGGUGGCACCUGUGACCCUGCCACUGGCACCUGCCGCUGCCUGCCCGGCGUGGCCGGAGAGCUCUGCCAGGACGGGUGCCCCAAGGGAUUUUUCGGGAAGCACUGCAGGAAAAAGUGCAACUGUGCCAACCGGGGUCACUGCCAUCGGAUUUACGGAGCCUGUCUGUGCGAUCCCGGCUUGUACGGCCGCUUCUGCCACCUGGCGUGCCCCAAGUGGGCGUUCGGGGCCGGCUGCUCGGAGGAGUGUCGGUGCCUGCAGCGCAACUCGCGGGACUGCGACGCCAGGGACGGCUCCUGCCGCUGCAAACCCGGCUACCACGGCCAGCGCUGCCAGCACAGCUGUGACCCCGGGUAUUACGGGGAUGGCUGCAAGAAGAAGUGUAGCUGCUCUCCAGGAGUGCCCUGUGACCCUGUCACCGGGGAGUGUCACAAGGAGUGUCCCCCGGGCUACCACGGCGAGCACUGCGACCAAGAGUGCCCUGAGGGGACAUUUGGACCAGGCUGCCAGCAUCCCUGUGCCUGUGGAGAAGCAUCCUGCGACAGGAGCACGGGGCAGUGCCACUGCCCACCUGGCUGGACAGGACACGACUGUGCUCAAGCUUGCCCUGAGGGUCUCUGGGGACCGGGCUGUCAGGAGAUCUGCCCUGACUGUGCCAACAACGCCAGCUGUGACCCCGCCAGCGGAGCCUGUGUGUGCCCAGCUGGCUACACCGGCCAGCGCUGCCAGGAUGUGUGUCCGCCCGGCUGGUUCGGCCCUGACUGCCAGCUGAGCUGCAGCUGUGGCAACGAGGGACAUUGCCAUCCGGUGACGGGGACGUGCAGCUGCCCGCCCGGCUGGACGGGGCACCACUGCCAGCGAGCCUGUGACCUGGGGCGCUGGGGCCCCGACUGCGCCCACGCCUGCAACUGCAGCAACAGCGACGGCAGCUGCAGCGCCGAGACCGGGCAGUGCCUGUGCGAGGCCGGCUACACGGGCACCCGCUGCGAGCAGAAGUGCCCUGAAGGGUGGUUUGGGCUGAGCUGCCAGCACCAGUGUCAGUGUGACAACGGAGCCACCUGUGACCACGUCAGCGGGGCCUGUACCUGCAGCCCGGGCUGGCGAGGAACCUUCUGUGAGCACGCCUGCCCUGAUGGAUUUUAUGGACUGGAGUGUCGACAAGCCUGUGACUGCCUGAAUGGUGCCCACUGUGACCCUGUGACAGGACAGUGCCAGUGUCCCCCGGGCUGGACUGGUGCCCGCUGUGCCCAGGCGUGCCAGGAGAACAGCUACGGCCAGAACUGCAGCCACACCUGCCGCUGCUUCAACAACGCCUCCUGCAGCCACGUCAGCGGCCGCUGCCUCUGCUCGGAGGGGUGGACGGGACCCUCGUGCCAGCAAGCCUGCCCGGCGGGUUUUUACGGGAAGGACUGCCAGCAGCGCUGCCUCUGCCAGAACGGCGGCACCUGCGACCCGGCCACGGGGGGCUGUGCUUGCCCUGCGGGCUGGACCGGGCUGGCCUGCGAGCUGGCCUGUGCCCAGGGGCAGCACGGCCUGGACUGCCAGCAGCGCUGCGAGUGCCAGCACGGGGGGCUCUGCGACCGCCGCACCGGGCACUGCCUCUGCCAGCCCGGCUGGACCAGUGACAAGUGUGAGAGACCUUGUCCGGAGGGGCUGUUUGGGGCACGCUGUGAGGAGCCCUGUGACUGUGGGGACAACAUCUCGUGCCACCACGUCACUGGUGCUUGUGACUGCCCCCGUGGCUGGAGGGGCCGGCGCUGCGAGAAAGCCUGCCUGCCAGGUUUCUUUGGGAAGAACUGUGCCAGUGGCUGUGGCUGUCCCCUGGGAGUGCCCUGCCACCACGUCACCGGGCAGUGCGGCUGCCCGCCAGGACUGACCGGCUCUGGAUGUGAAAAACCCUGCCUGCCAGGGACCUUCGGGGAGGGCUGUGCUCAGAUCUGCCAGUGCGCCGGAGCCACCCAGGAAUGUCACCCUGUCACCGGGGCCUGUGUCUGCCCCCCCGGCUUCCACGGUCCUGCCUGCCAGCUGGAGUGCUCCCCGGGCUGGUACGGCCGGGACUGCGAGCGGCCGUGCCAGUGCAGGAACGGGGGCCGGUGUGACACUGCCACGGGGACGUGCCACUGCCCGCCGGGCUUCAUCGGCGCCGACUGCGCCAUCGGAUGCCCCGCUGGCCGCUACGGGCAGGACUGUGCAGGGCUGUGCCCCUGCGGGGCCGGAGUUCCCUGUCACCCUGUCACCGGAGACUGCGUGUGCCCUCCAGGCAGAGCUGGCCCCACGUGUGAGCAAGGCUGUGAGGAGCACCGCUACGGGCUGGGCUGCCAGCAGCGCUGCUCCUGCCGCAACGGGGGGCUCUGUGACACCGCCGAUGGCUCCUGCUCGUGUGCACCGGGCUGGACGGGCAAAUCCUGCGAAUUAGAAUGCCCUCCGGGGAGCUUCGGGGCCGCCUGCCAGCUGCGCUGCUCCUGCCUGCACAACGCCACCUGCCACCCGGCCACGGGCACCUGCCGCUGUCCCGCCGGACACUACGGGCCCCUGUGCGAGCACAGCUGUCCCCCGGGAUUCCACGGAGAGGGCUGCCGGCAGCGCUGUGACUGCGAGCACGGGGCGGGCUGUGACCCCGCCACCGGGCGCUGCCGCUGUCCCCCAGGGCUGCGGGGCGAGCGCUGUCACACAGGCUGCAAGGAAGGGACGUACGGCGAGGGGUGCCAGCAUCUCUGUGACUGCCCCAGCGAUGUCCCCUGCGACCCGGUGACGGGGCGCUGCCUGUGCCCCCCGGGCAAAACCGGCCCCACGUGUGCUGCGGACUGCCGGCCCACCCGGUUCGGCCCCGACUGCCGCCUGGCCUGCCAGUGUGCCCCCAGCAGCUCCUACUGCAACGCCCGGACCGGGCAGUGCCUGUGCCUGAACGGCCACACGGGACCCACCUGCCGGGAAGCCAUGCAGUCCCUGCCGCCCACCAGGCCACCACUCCCCCCGGAGGGGCUCCGGCCAGCGGAGAAGUAGGUCCUGCUCUGGGAGCACUCCCUUGGUUUCACCAAGCAGCCACCUGAAGAAGCCAAUGACCUGUAAUGAACUCGUUUAUGAGCCACAUGAGCAGCUCUCGUCUCCUGACAGCCCCAGCUGCUGCUUUUGGGGUGGUCUGAGUGAGGCUGAAGCGCCCAGUAUAACCAGUUCACUGUGCCAGCGCGGGCUGGCCGUGAGGACACGUGUGCCCACACCAGUGCAUGCCUUCGGCCAGAGACCACAUGACCAGUUCAGGAGGGAUCAGUUCUGGUCAGGGGACAGUGGACUUUGACAGCUUGUGACACAUUGCUGGCCUUCAACUUUUGGGUGCUGGGCUUGGGGAGGGGGCUGAAAUCGUGCUCCAAAUCAGGUAUUUAUGCAUCAAUAUUUAUGGGAAGCUGCACCACAGUGUUGUCAGGACUGGUGGCUGACAGUGCCCGGCUCUCCUGAGACUGGGCCUCCUGUGGAUGCACCGCCUCACUUGAAUUAUUUUUUUUAGAUUUGAAUUUUCCAUGGUGUUUUACUGUAAGUGACCAUUUGCCAGGGGAAAACACACAGGGCUCACCUGCAGAGCUGGUGCCUCCUGACAGAACAGGCUGUGCUGGACAAGCUUGUCAGGAGCCUGGAGUUCUUCAUGCCAGGAGUUUGCCAGCCCAUGGACCAGGAGUUUGUCAGCCCAUAGACCAGGAGUUUGUCAGUCCAUGGACCAGGAGUUUGUCAGUCCAUGGUGCUGCUGGUGUCACUCCAAGAAGAAGGAAGCCUAAAUCGAGUGUGGAAGUCAGAGAUUUUGCAUGGAUGGAGACAAAGCACUGGCUCAUCUGGUCAAUGCAAAUCCCAGUUGGAAUAGCCUCGCCUGGCCCUGAAUCCUGAGUUAUUUUGCCAUGCCAGUCGUAGUCAGGACCUGGCCACCUGCAGCAGCGGGGAAUGUCACCACUCCAGUGUCACCACAUCAUCCUGGCCAGGACACAGGGCCCCCUUUGUCUGUUUGCACAAAGCUCCUGGGCAGGUGAAGCCACUGCCAGAGGAACCCCAGCUCUGCAGAGAAGAGGGACGGCCCUGUCCCAUCCCAUCCCAUCCCAUCCCAUCCCAUCCCAUCCCAUCCCAUCCCAUCCCAUCCCACCCCCACUCCACAGGCUGCAGCACAGCCCUGCCCAGGCACUUGGCCUUUAAAUUAUUCCCACAGGGGGCCAACUGAAAAUAAUAAAAGAAUUGUUUCUUUUCCUGAUGGAAUUUAUUUUAAUCUGUAUAUAACUUGUCAUUUUGGGCUAAUUCCUUUCUUAUUUUAUUUCUUCCUUAACAGUAUUUUUUUUUACAUUAGCUAUCAUUCUUGUGAAGAAGUCAUGUUAAUAUAAGUAUGUAGUGAAGGACCAAAUUCGUGCUGAUGAGGUUGGAUGUUGGAUAAGCAGGGAGCAGAAGAUUUUGUCCAUGUGCCAAAUGAGCCCAGUCAGUGCUGCCAGUGGUGCUGCUGAUCUCCAGACAAUCAUCCCUCGGCUCCCCUUUGCCUUGAGGCUCCUGGGGCAUUAGAGGAAGCUUCCAGUGAUUGGGAGCAGCACAGGAGGAGGAGGAGGAGGAGGCCAGUGGAGAUGCUGUGCCUCGAUGGCCCUGCUCCAGGAGAACAUGGGAACAGCCCAUGGGAACACGGGGCUGGAUCCAUCCUGUCCCAUUCCAGCUGCAGCUCCAUGACUCCUGGCAGCUGCUCAGAGCAAGCCCUGUACCUGUAUUUUUAUAUAAUGUUCUUUUCCUGUUCAUAUUUCUUAAUCCAGUUUGUUUGCUUCCUCUUUUCUUGUACUGUCUCCCUUUUUGGCUCUUCUUUAAUUUAGCACUGAUGAAAAAUGUUAUUUUCUCCACAGUUAAAAGAAAUAAACAGAAAGCCUGGCUGUGUUUCUA